UCUAGAAAAAUCUACUUUACAGAAAGAGGUAAAAAAAAAUUUAUUACUAUUAUUUUUGUAAUGGAAAUACACCAUCCAGACAGAAGUGAAAAAUGUGAAGAGGAAGCCAGACUUGUUGAACAGUUGAAGCUGGCUUGUGAUAAGGACAAUAAAGAAGUUGAUUUAAAAAAAUCAUCACAAGCAUUUCAUGGAAUGGCCAAGUUAUAUGCAGCAAAUACUGAACAUGAAAAGUUAAACUAUAUACGCAGUGCUGCACUUUUCAAUGCAGCUAUUAUUCGGGACAAGGGAAAUACAGAAAUAAAAAAAAAUUUGGACAACUUGUGCAGCACUGUUCUUAAUGCAGCAAAGGCAAAAAUUGAAGAUGAAAAUUUGGUCCAAUUUUCAAUAGAAGUGAAGCGGAAACUUGAAAAUUACCGAGAAGAAUUAAAAAGUGUUGAACUUCUUUUAAUACCAGAUGAUGUAAAAGGAGAAGAACUUGUUGCUUUGCAGAAACAAAAAAUAGACAGCGUGAGAAAAAUGCAACAUGAUGUCACCGCAAAUUACACUGAGUUAAUGAAGUAUGUGUCUGACAAAUGUGAAAAGAUAAUGGGGAAGCCACCGUGUAAAUACACAGUUGUAGGAAUGGGGUCAUUAGCUUGUGCCCAGAUUACUCUGUAUUCUGAUUUUGAGCAUGUUAUUGUUCUGGAUGAUAAAGUUGGGAACAUGAAAAAAAAGAAAAGAAAGAAGGUUAUGGGAUACUUCAGGUGGUUUACCACUAUCUUUCACAUUAUUGUCAUCAACCUCGGAGAAACCAUAAUUCCUGCAGUCGCAAUUCCAACACUAAACGGUGAGAAGGAAAACUGGUUUUAUGAUGGCAUGUUUCCCAGAGGAGUCUGCUUCGAUAGCAUGCUGCCACAGACCAGCAAAAUGCCUCUUGGCAGGCAACAGCAAACUAAAAACAAGCCUUGGAAAACAGAAUUAAUUAAGCCAGUAGCGGAAAUGGUAAAAUACUUGGACAGUGAAGUCGAUUUGAAUGAAGGAUAUCAUCUUGCUGAUAUUUUGUCCAAAACUUGCUACGUAGCUGGUGAUCAAUCUUUGUAUAAAGAUUUUAAACAAAGAGCAAACUUAAUUGUUGUUGCAAAUGACAUAACUAGUGACUUCGUAAAAGUGAAAAAACAGGUAGAAGAGGAUCUACUAAACUUCAGUAUACGUGACGAAAUCAUAGAAUCUAGAUUUAAUGUCAAAAAAAAUAAUAUAAAACGUCUGAUAUACAGAAAUGCCACUUUAUUCAUAAUAGCUCUCGGCAGAUUUCAUUACAUCCAAAAAUCCUCUUGCUUUGAUAUAUUGGAUGAAUUAAAAGAGAUUGGAAUUUUCAAUGAACAAAUCACACACCAAUUAAAGUUUAUGGUGGCUGUGGCAUUGGAGAUAAGAUUGAAAAUGUACAUGAAGUAUGAAAAGCAAGAAGAUAGUAUUUCUGACAUUUCUGUUAAAGAUUUUGAAGGAGUAUUUUUGAAUUUAAAAGAUCUAGUUGGCAAAACAAGUUUGAUUGAAUUUACUAAUACUGUAGUACUGCUUACUAAGUUCUUGAAAGAUCAUGAUUUCAGCUUAUUUGAUAGUAAAGUAGAAAACCUGAGAUCCAAAAUGCAUACAUUCGUUAUGUGGCAAAUGAAGCAAGAAUUUGUAACUGAAUGCCAAAUAUUUAUAGAAGAUACAACAGAGCUUCAUUUUGAAACUGCAAUGUUGUUAAUUGCUAUGCCAUCAAAUUUUGCGAUGCCCGACCUUGUUCGGAAGAUUGGAAGAAAAGCAUUGAAGUAUUGUAAAUCUUGGUGUGUUGACUGCAGGGAGCUGCAGAGAUCAAGGAAGACACAAAGUUUCCUUGAUAGUUGAUCAGCUUGUAUGAAUCCCUCUGAAAGGUCCUCAUUUCUACAAACUAGUAUUCUUGGGAACUUGUAUUCUUGUAAGACACGAGAUUUAUGAAAACAUAGUUUAGCGCCGUGGCACACUGUUUAGCGCGCCUGUCUCUAAUCUAGAGGAGAUGGGUUCAAGGCUCGUCGCUGUUAUUAUUGUGGGUGUAUGUGUUCUUGGGCAAAACACUAACGACAAAUGCUUCAAGUCGCUUGUUUAUAAUGAGUUCUCCCAUUUGCCAGCCAUACUAAAAUAAACAACUUAUGACCCACCACGGCCUACUAGAGAUACGGCCUGAUAAUUCACAUUUUACGUUUGAAAUUAGAAGGCCUAUUAUACGUCA